GAAGCAAAUCAAGAAACAUUGAAGGAGAGACCCCUUUUAUUGGUUUAAUUCUAUUUGAGCGAUGGCUAACGAUGAUGAAAACAAUUUGGGCAAGCUGGCAGAGGAAUCUUUGAAACGUAAGGAGCGAUUACAAAAACUGCGUGAACAAGCUCUAUCCAAGACUGCGGACACUAAAGGCGGUAGUGAAAAAUUGCCAAAGCCAGUGUUUCGCAGCUAUAAGCCACAUAAUGAAACCACAGAGGGAGAAGUACUGCCACAAGAACCUACCGGGGACAUAGAAACUGCCAUCCAGUCACAGCUUAAUCUGCUGCAGCAGCCAAUGGUUAUCGACGAAAUAGACAUCACGAACCUGGCUCCACGCAAGCCGGAUUGGGAUCUAAAGCGGGACGUGAGCAAAAAGCUGGAACGACUAGAACGGCGAACACAGAAAGCCAUUGCCGAACUUAUACGCGAAAGACUGAAAAUGAACCAGUUCGAGGACAUCAGCCAGGCCGUAAAUGUGGCAACGGCGCAAGUGCAAGCGGAAAAAAAUACUGAUGAAGAUUAUUGAGCCCACAAACGAUCGACAUAAAUAUUGUUUAAUUAAAGCACGGUUUAAAAUAAUUAUCUAA